UAUCAUCCCUACGUCAAACGUUGUUGAUGCGAGUUGAAAAUUAUCAAAACAAACGACCCAUCGCUUCAGUACGAACGCAAAAUUGGAUUACGGUUUUUAGCCUGAUUUUCUGUGAUAAAUUUUCGCCGUUCCUAUGUUUGGUGACGUUGGGCGAAGCGGUGAUCAUGAUUCGGAUGAAGAAGAUUUCUUUAAACCAGCACCCCCCACAAGUGGCAAAUCGACACUGGCUAAAAUAUUUGGCAUCGCACCCAAAGUCACCGUGAAUAACAGUGAGCGGACGAAUGCUCCGGUGGCACCAAAAUCCAUUAAGAUAUCGGAACGUUACGGUCCAUCCAAUUUUCGAUACAUUCCCGCUGAACCGGUCGACGAUGAGGAGGGUGAAGAUGCAAACAAACCACCAGAAUGGAGCAUCGUGCGAGCGUCCGUCGUUACGGCAUAUAAGCUUGUUGAUGGUGAUAACGUUUUUCUAGGCAAACUAGGACUGGCCUUGCUCAAUUCCACUAGUGGUCACCGAUUGCUGUUGUAUCGUACAAAAACGGACGUGCUCGGAACGGUGACACUGACCCGUGACACGAAGAUACUGCUCAAGCAAGACUAUCUCCAAUUCAGGGCGGAUGAUUCAAACGAUUUCUGGAGCGUCCUGUUUGAGAAUGAGUCCGACCGACACGUGUUGCUUAACGCCAUCGAAUCAUGCUGCUGUGUGGAACGGGAACCGGUGGUUGAGGAACCACAAUCCGAGGUGGAAAAAGAUAUCGAACCACCGAAAAGUAAGCGUUCCGAGCUUGCGGCCCGUAUGGCCCGAAUGGGUGGACAAGCGAUGCCUCCGAUGCUGGAAAAGGCUAAAGCUCCACCCAUUCCAACGACAGCACCCGGGUCCGAUUCAUCGGAUACAUCCGAUUCGAAGAUUGAAACCAUUUCCACGCGACCGACCCGGCGACCGAACAUAAUGUCAGCCGUCAACAUGCAGAUGGUACCGCUGGCGGGUAUGAUACCGACCAAUGCUAAUGGAACGCCCGUGUCGGGACAACCGAACGCAGGCACAAUGGCAGAUGUGAAUUUCAAUCUAAUUAUGAGUGAAAAUCGCAUGCAAAAUACCGAAAUGCGAAUGAACCUAACAAAGCUAGAAUCGAAGCUUGAUCGUGUGCUCGACAAGAUCGAUCUCCUCAAUGUACACGGAGCGGGUGCCGAUCGCUCUUCAAACGCCGUCGACAAGGAUGCGGAAGUGCUCGAACUGGAGGAGAAGCUGCUCGAGCUAAAGCGUGCUAAUCAUGCACUGAAAAGCAAAGUACGCACACUGGAAUCAGCCGAGCGGGAUGGUAAACGGGAAGCGGUUGACAUGAUGGAAGGAAAACUACAAACGCUGGAAGAAUCCGAACGGCGUCUCAAGGAAAGCGUUCUUAGUUUGGAGCUAAGGCUGGAAGCAAGCCGUUUAGAAGUGGGACAACAAAAAGAAAAGCUGUCCGUGCUGGAAAAACAACUUGUCGAGGAGAAACAUUCCACCGAAAGUAAAACCAAAGAAGUGCAAACAAUGCUGGAGCAACUGGAAGAAGUGCAGCGUGAACGUAACCUUUUGAAGGAACAAGUUGAGCAAGGAAAUACACAAUCAAAAGAGCUCCACACGCAAAUGGAACAGCUCCAGAAGGAAUGUAGUGAGCUUAAGGAGGAGAAACAGCGUCAACCGGUUGCAUCUAACGCUUCCCUAGUGAAGGACAUUAUGAACGGAUGCUAUCAACAGCUGUGCGAUCAGAUAAUCGAUCCGCAAGUAUUGAAGAUCAUUGCCCAAACAAUUAAACGUGAGACCAAAGCGGCAUUGGAGCGAGAAAAUAAUCAAUAGACAGUUGUAAUUAUUCACAGAAAGUGCUGUUAAUUUAAUAAAAAAAAGUCCUUAUGGAUGCAGCAAUUAUGGUCACUUCUCCUC